AUAGUCAGAUGGGUAGUGUACAACUGGAAGAUAUCCAGUACUGUUGCUGCUCUCCCAAGGAAUGGAUGUCCUUCAAAGAUCAGUGCAAAGGUGCAUCGUGGAGUCCUCUAACAAGUGACAAAGAGCCCUAGAGUUACAGCCAAGGGUCUCUGGAGGCUCCCCUAGCACUUAAUAAUACCAGUUCAUGAGCCUCCCAUUAGCAAAACACUGAGGGGAAAAAAGCUGUACCCAUGGGAGGUUACCCAGAAAAGUGUGCUGUAGACUGGAUGUUCCCCAGCAGUGAACGGAUGAGGCAACAGUUGAACUUUUUGGUAAAUGUACACCAUGGUAUGUCUCAUAUGAUAUGUCUCAUGUAGAGAGGGAAAUGCUUGCCAAAUGUUGUGCCAGCUGUAGAGCCUCGUGGAGAGAAUGUAAUUGUGCUGAACUGCUUUGCUGCCUCGGGGUCUGGAAGACUUCUGCUCAUUGAUAGGCCAACAGAUCCCAAUUUUUGUCUGGGAAUGUCAGGGUGUCUGGUCAUGCAUCAUUAUAAGAUUGGGUCGAACUGAAGACCAUUCAUGUUUCUGAAUGACCAAGUUAGUCCUGGCGUCUGUCCCACCCUAAUGUUGAGAAGUGAUAAGAAGCAGGUGGUUCAAGGAUGAUAUCCCAAAAAUGUACAGUAUCAGUCAAAAUUUGGAUGCACCUGCUUUUAAUGCGCAUCUCUCUUUCAGCUAUGUUGUUCACCUUAUACUGCAGGGCUUUGAGGCAAUGAAGUAAUGCAUAUCAAAGGUUGCAACAUGGAGGAGUGUUCAACAUCUCAACGUUUCUUCGAAUUCUUCAAAAUAACCCCCUUUUGCCUCAGUAGAGUAGACUGUGUUGGCAUUCUUUCAACCAGCUUCCAGAUGUAGCCACCUGGAAUUCUUCUCCUACAGUCCUGAAGGAGUUUCCAUAAGUUCUGGGCACAAGUUGGAUACCUUCCUUUUACUCUUUGAUCCAAUUCAUCCCAAACCAGCUCUAUAGGGUUUAGGUCGGGGGAUUGUAGGGGGCCAGGUCAUCUGUCACAGCACUUCAUCUCUUUCCUAGUUCACAUGAUAUAGUACUUACAGAACAUUGAGAUGUGUAGUAGGUGUGCCCAAACUUUUGACUGGUACCUGAACUGAAAUAAUGUUAUGUUGAGGAAUGGGCAGAACUUUAACCACUGUACAGCUCUGAUCAGCAGCUUCCAAAAGUCUCUGGUUGAGUUUAUUGCCAAUCAGAAUUUCCACUGGUUACCAGAUACCUGUAUGAGUGUUUGCAUGCUUUCUUUAUAGAUUAUUAUGUCUUGCAUGAAAUUCAAGUCUCAUUAUCUGGAGCAUUCAUGAAGAAAACUAGAUAAUUGCACAGGUUGUUCAAACAUUUUCACACCCAUUUGUAGUAAUUGUCACUUGAUAAUGGUUAUGUUAGUGGGCGUGGCUGCCACAGAGAGUUUACGUGCACAGGGGAAGUUCUGACCUUCGAACCCACUCUCAGAUUAGUACUGUUUCGCAGCUUACAAGCCACUAUCAAAAAUUUUACCUACUUACGAGUGGAACAUCAUCUGCUGCCCACUUGCAUUUCUCUACAGUCUAACCUUAAAUAGCCGCACUGCAGAAGACAGAGGUAUGUUUAUGGAAGUUUUAUUUUGGAAUGGAGACCGCAGAUUGUGACGAGAACUUGCUCUGAGCGGACCGGCAGGGCCGGCUACCCGUAUGGUUUCGGCCAGCUGUGUCUGUUAUUUCUGAUCUGCCUGUGACCUCGUAAGCAGAAUGAGUUUGUGGGUGGUAGAAACACGUAAACAAGAAUUGGCUUGAGCCGUGUUUCUAUAGUGAAAAUGAGCCCUAUAACGGUAACUGUAGCUCAUUUGGCAGCUAAUGAUGUUGCUUUUUGUGAUCUCUGAGCACGAUCGACUUCUCCUGACUCCUGGGACCUUCUGGACAAAGCCGGCCAUUGUGAGCACUGUCUAAUUCGACCUUCCUCAUAGGCCAGUUUCAGACAGCCGCCUGGUAAACCAUGUGAUGCAGCCGAUCCAGUCCUAGUGGUCAGGUGGCUGUACUACAGCAUGGUGGUGAUGUACCCACAGUCUGUCCUUCAGGUGCUCUUGUCAUGAGAGUGCAGUUAGACAGGUUUUUUUUUUUUUUAAGUUAUGCAGUGGUAUGCAUUUAAAUGAUCCGCAUCAAAGUCGUUGUGACAUUGGAAAAAAGAAUUGCCUGAGCAUAUAAAUUGUGAGAAAUAAUUUUUGCAUGAGUUUUUUUAUAUAGUUCACUAAUUACUGUUUUGGGCUUAAUAUUUAUAUAGUGGUGCUUCGUUGCUGACAAGCUUUUGGCUGCGAAAUAGAGAAAUUUCGAAAUGCUUUUGGUCAAAGUAAACGACACUGUUCGAGUCAUUUACACUCACCGGCAGUGGUGUGGCCCUACGCCAUCAUGUCACAAAGCUGGGAAGAGGCAGGAGGCAGGGAGGGGGAUUUCUCUGGGAAUGGCAGCGUGUGUAGGGUGAGGGACAGUCUAGAAGCAUUUUAUUUUAUGGAUGGUUACCUACAGGUUACCCCUGUAUUAUCACCUGACCUCUCACUACCCCCACAUGCUCCGGCUUUGUAAUCUGCCCCGCCUUUCAUCAACUGCCAGUGCACUAAUUAAUAAAGAUUUAAUGGUGCAUUCCAUUUUAACUGGGAAGUCGAAAUUUCAGAGUUCAUAGUCAGAAGUUUCAACUGAAAUGCCCCCUGAAGUCUGAAUUCGGACUAGGUAAACUCGGAGGAACCUCUGCAUCAACAGAAGUGAAAGCUGUAAUUAUUUACUAUUUAUUAGCACUUAUGUCCUGUUUGUGUCUCAAUUGUACACAAAGUACUGUCCAACCUCUGUGAAUAUGUUGCUGUGGUAUUUGUAUGCACAAAAUACCAUGCAAUGUGUCAUGAACUGCUAUUGCUAACAAUGGGUAACAAUGGCUAGAACUAGUAUUGCUGAGUGACUUUCUGACUUGUUGUAUUGGAACGUGGUAACUUGGGAGUGACAUCAUUCCCAGCUCAGAGGUAAGUCCUCUUGAGUCAUGCUUUGGUCGCCCUGGUGUCCGGGUACCCCAUGAUGAACUGACACAGGCAGUCCACACUUUCUGAGUAAGUAAGGGGUAGAAAAGGCAAUGUGUGAUUGAAAGAGCCACUGUGAUGUGCAGCCCUGCUGAUAAACAGGUCCGUUGUGGGCUGGCUGCCUUCUUGCUAAUAAUUCAGCCUUUUGCCAACGACGAAAAGCAGCUAUGUUAAAAUUAUCGUCACAUGAUAAUUCCAGAAAAUAUAGGUUAUUUUUGUUAUAGGUAUUUUUUUGGGGGAUCUCUCUGGAAGUGUAGCGACUCCAACAAAGAGCAUAUUGAUGCCAGACAGGGAGCCAUUUGUGUGGAUGAGAGAUGUGGAAGGAGGGUGAGGAAAGGCUAGAUUUUGUUUGUCAGAGGUCAAAGUUCACGCAUUCAAGUUUAUAAACUGAGUAGUUUGGAGCUCCGAAGAUUAGCCUGAAAUUGAGCAAUGUGUGAAAGCCAAGCGUGGGGCACUGCGACGGAAAAGUACUGUGCGAUUUGAAGUGCCCAGCAGUCUGGACGUCAUGAAGGUCUGCCUGCUCUGUCUGCUUACCGUCCUGCUGCAGCAGGGCUCCCCCAGCCGCGUCCACAAGAGCCAAGCCCACCACGGGCACUCCCAUGGCACACACAUCCACGAUAGCCUGCGGAUGUCCCAGACAGGGACAGCCAGCGGGCAUCCCCACCAGGGCUUGGGCCCCAGUGAGGCUGUCAAUGAGCAGAACUUCUACAUCCAGCAACUCUUCAUUCGCUAUGGAAAUCAGGACCGGUUGGACUUCAACGGUUUUCAGAGCCUGCUGCUGAGCCUGGGGCUGGGCCAGGUCCGGCUGCUGGGCCUGGAACACGAGAACCUGGGGCACGAUCAUGUAGCCCAUCUGGACAUGCUGGAUGUCCAGGAGGGCCUCCACACCCACAGCCCGCAAAAUCAUGUGCACUCCCUGCCACGCUCUGAGCCAGAGCACAACCGCACUACAACUCAGCCCCCCCCUUGCAGGCCCGGAGAAGCGAGGGCCACCGAAAGCCCAGGAGCCUCAUCGGGAGAACAUCAUGGUACACAUGUAAAUGACGGAGAUCAGAGGAGCGAUGAGCGAAAAGAGCCAGAACGGCACCCGCAUCACCACAGGCACCUUGGGGAGCAGCAGGAGCUGGAGGGAGCAGGACUGCAGCCAUCUGCUGUGCCCCCGGGCACCCAGAGCGGGAAGCCCAAGAAGCCCAACAAGAACAAGGAGCCUCGCAGCAAAGCCGGGGGCCACGGGAAUCGGGAACACGACCACAAGCAAAGACGUCAGCAUGACCCCAAACAUAACCCAGACCAAGCUCAUGACCACGAGCACAAGCACGAUCACGAACCCAGCCAUGAACCUAGCCAAGACAGAGACCACAUCCAAGACCAUGACCAUGACAGCGACCCCAGCCAAGACCAAGGCCAAGACAGUCGCCGUGACGCAGAUCUUGUCAAUAACAAUAAUGGGCAAAACAAACGCCACCUUAGCAAGCGGUCAGCCCCUGUCAGGAGCACUGAGGCCAUCCAUAAUGAAGACGUCACACACCAGCAUGAGGAGUGCCUCAACCUCACGCAGCUGCUGCACUACUACGGCCUGAGCCCCGACGCGCUCAUCUCCCCUACCCAGUUCUCCUACCUGUGCCCGGCGCUGCUCUACCAGAUUGACAGCCGUGUCUGUAUCAGGCACUACCACCAGGUGGAGCUCCAGCCCUCGGACCUGCAGCCGGCCUUCUCAGUGUGGACGUGGCUCUGGGGCUUUGUCUCCAUCACCAUCAUCAGCCUUCUCUCUCUGCUGGGCGUGCUUCUGGUGCCCAUCAUCAAGCAAUCCUGCUUCAAGUUCCUGCUCACCUUCCUGGUGGCGCUGGCGGUGGGCACUCUGAGCGGCGAUGCGCUGCUCCACCUGCUGCCGCAUUCCCAGGGGGAGCACGACCACAGCAGCUCGGAGGAGGGGGAGGAGGAGGCCGACCUCGCUACGACGUUUGACGGGGUGUGGAAAGGCCUAACCGCGCUGGCCGGGAUCUAUCUUCUCUUCAUCAUUGAGCACUGCAUCGGCAUGUUCAAGCACUACAGGGACCAGCAGGAGAGCUGGUGCAGCUCCAGCAGGAAGCAGGAGGAGGCCAAGAUUGGGCGAAAGCUGUCAGACCAUCAGAUGAACCGGCGCUCCGACGUGGAGUUGAUGCAUCUGAAGCCGCUGCCUGCUGCCGGGGCUGACAGCUCUGCAUCAUCACUGGUGGACUCGCAGAGCAACCCCAAGUCCUCCAGCCCCCAGGAGGAGUCGUCUUCUGUCCGCGAGAGCACCCAGAAAGCCAAGGCUAAGAUGCAUGGCCACGCCCACAGCCACUCCCAUGGCCACGGCCACGCCCACCACAGCCACUGCCACUCGGACCAGGAAAUGAAGGAUGCUGGCAUAGCGAGCAUCGCCUGGAUGGUCAUCAUGGGCGACGGCAUGCACAACUUCAGCGACGGGCUGGCCAUAGGGGCCGCGUUCAGCGCUAAUGUGACCGGCGGUAUCAGCACUUCCGUAGCUGUGUUCUGCCAUGAGCUGCCUCACGAGCUGGGGGACUUUGCUGUGCUGCUGAAGGCCGGCAUGUCCGUGAAGCAGGCCAUCGUCUACAACCUGCUCUCGGCCCUCAUGGCCUACGUGGGCAUGCUGAUCGGCACAGCCGUCGGCCAGUACACCCAUAAUGUCACCAGCUGGAUCUUUGCCAUCACCGCUGGAAUGUUCCUGUAUGUGGCCCUGGUGGACAUGCUCCCGGAGAUGCUCCAUGGCGACAGCGAGGACCACAAGCGCUGCCAGAUGGGCCACUUCCUGCUGCAGAACCUGGGCAUGUUGAGUGGCUUUGCCAUCAUGCUGCUCAUCGCCAUAUUUGAGGAGCGCAUCGUGCUGGACUUCGGCCUUUAGAUGCGAACUGCCCAACCGCAGUCAUUCCUGCUUCAUCGAGUGGGGUGAGCUCAGCUUUCCAUUCCCAUAAGUCUGGGUACGUGCUCACAGCCCACCAUAACGUCCUCAUGGUCCAGGUUAACCUCUCAAAAGAUACCUCAGAAGAGGUCUUCAUUUGAACCCAUCUCUCCCAGCAUCAACCAGCCUGAGGCAGUUUCUUGGACAAUUAGAGACUUCCGAAUGUCAGCCAGGAAAUUCUCCUGUUGCGCACUUGAAUAUAACAAAGAAGCGAUCAGACGUUGGUGUUUGUUUUCAUUGUAACAGGAAAGCUGCCUUUUAUUCCUAAAGCUUUCUCCCAAUCCGCGGGGCACGUCCAUUUCAGGCUCCAUGAGCACAAACCCAGCAAGCCAGCGACAGCCGAAGUCUUACGUCUGUGUACUUGUGCUAUGUGUGACCGUCGUGUACCUGUGCUGUGUCACGUCCCAUGAUUGUGAAGUCAUUGUGUAACAUCAAGUUUGCAGGACCACAAUGCUGAGCAAGUCAUUCGUGGGCUUAAUUUUUUAUUUUUUAUUUUUUGGGGGGGGGGGGGGGGGCUAAAUAGGCCCAUUCUUUGGUAUCUGUUUUUCACUGUGAAGUUUGUUGUACCGUCAAGAAACAUCACGACUCCUGUGCUUCCACCGGUUGACUCAAGAAGGUUUGCAGAUGUGCUCAUCCUCAUUGGAGCAGUGAAAUGCAUGUCAGUGUUAAAAGAACGACCCGUUAACAAGUCCUGCAUCCUGACCCGAGAGGUCUGAUUUCUCUGACUUUGUCCAUGUUUGAUGUUGCCAUUAGUGUUGAGAGACGAUGAAUUAGAGGAAUGAAGGAAUGACCUGGAAAAAUGACCGGUUUCUGUUUUGCUACCUGAUUGUUGUGCUCUGUAGUCUAAUCACUGAUCAACUUAAAAAGCAUCUGCUUCGUCUAAAUUAAGUCAAAGGAAUAGUCUUAUUUUUCAUUUUUCAUCGUCAGGUGUCUGGCACAAACAUGUUUUAGUUCGAGUCAUUUAUAUGAGGGUUUAUGCAAAAGCAUCUUUGCUCGUCGUCGUCUUGUGUAAUAAUGUCGGAAACUUGAUUUAGGAAGUAAUUUUUUCUGCCUUUUAACAGGUAUUGCGCUUACACACACUCUUGGUGUUUUAAAAUGUUGCCCUUGAUCUGUCGAAGGACAGCAGAACGGAUUCACUGUGGUGUAAUGAUGUUUGCCGUGGUACAGGUGUAGGACACGCUUCUGUCAUACUACACAGAAGUCAUACGGCUCGCUUUGACUGUGUGCUGAGAUCCUCAUCUGUGUCGGCCAGCUGAUCCACUUACCCAAGUCUUAACCAGGUCUCUCUUAAGCCAGUGACCUAGAGACAUUGAAGGCCUCGCCCCGUCAAGCUCUCGAGGCCUGCUGUGGAUCAUCCUUAUAAAUGACCUCUGUAGAUAUCUGUGUCCUCCAUCGAGUCGUACCGCACAGCACGCGAGCCUUUCUGCAGUCUGUACUUCUAAAUGCGUCGUGACUUCUACAGAUCGGAAUACGGCGAACCGUUCAGGAUCUGAUUUCACACCGAGUUUGUUCCUCGCCGUACCCAACGGUUGGCUCACCGAGGAUAUGCAGUAAGCACAAACUAAAUGGGCAGAGAGGUGGAGAGCACAUCCAUGCCACAUUAAAUACUGAGAGUAUUUAUUUCAGUGUGCCGGAACAGGUGUAUUAACACUCAGUGUCAACACUGCCAGUAGCAAGGAGGCAGGAAUUCGACUAACCAGAGAGCUCCAGAGCACUGCACACUGUGUGUGACGACAUCAUUUUCAAAACUUUGUUCUAUAUUACGGACAGAUGAUUGCACUGUUAUGCUGAUUUAUACAGAUGGUGUUUUGCUUCCACAUCCCAAAAAAUGCCAUCCGCUACAAAAGAAGAUCUCUUCUUAAUUCCAAAUGGCGAAAUUUUGUACUAGUUUAUUUUGCAUAAUUUUCAUAAACCAGAAAAUCUAAAUGUAUUCACUGACAUCUUCGCUAGUCCUCUAUUGUAUAUUUCCCAGUCAAGACAGAACAAUAAAAUUAUACCAAAAAAAUGUGGUGCUGUUU